AUGAGUGGUCAAGUGUGUUGGAUUCUUUUGACUAUUUUCUUUAUUAGUGUGGGAGCAGUCCCGUACGAUGAUGAUCGAGAUGACAUCGUCCGACCAUGUGACCGCGAUGACCUCGACUGCAUUAGGAAAUUCUUUGCCUCCAGACGUCAUUGCACCCCACCCCGUGGCCGUGUUCCCGACCCUUAUCUUCGUGAUAGCAAUAUCUUAAACUUUAUAGAUUUUAAUAUGACAGUCAUUGAUGUUAAUAGCCAUAUUCGUGGUUUGAAUGGAAAAAUUAACGAAUUCCAUUUAAAUAAACGGACAAAUCAAAUGGUGUUCGCCGUUUCGUUUAAAAAAAUUGAUGUCGCCACAGAGAAAUCUGUUGUAUACCAUCAUCGUAAAGGUCAAGUGCCAAUUGUAACCAGUGAUUGGUCCCGCGUAAUAUAUCGACGAACACUAAUAACUACCACUACUCCCUUAUUACCAACCAUUGACUUCCGGUAUACGGUAGUUAGUGCGUACAGUGAAGAAGGAAACCCAGCAUAUGGUUUCGGACCGGGAAUUUAUACACACCCAUCGCCCAUUGUGCAGAAGAAUAUAGCGUCCUAUAUUGCCAACCCUGAAUUGACUGUAAGGAAUGCUCUUGCAACCGAAGCAAGGUCAUUUAUUCGCAUCUUCGUUCAAAAUGUCAUUUGCGGCUACAACGUCGUCUUCAUCAACAAGAAUACGAGUAAUUUAAUAAUGACCGUAAACUUUAAAGCGAUAAGAAAAUACAAUGAAGUGAGUGACUUUUACUUCCAUCGUGUGGGCAAGGAGCCGUUGGUCACCAGUGACUUUUCAAACGUCACUUAUGGACCUACUAUAAUUACUGCAGUAAUACCAUUCAAACAUGGGCUGGAUCUUCAGAACGCAAUGAUAACCUCAUACAUCACUGAUGGGAACCCAUCGUAUACAAUCGGCCCUCGCGUGUAUGCAAAUCCUGAUCCAGAUCUCCAAAAUGUAUACGGUACCUUGAUCAACGAUACAGCCACCUCAACGCAAGAAGCAUUCUUCACCGAGGGUCCAUUUUUCUUCAGGACCUUCCUUCAAUAUACUAUAUGUGACUUUGGGAUCAGAGAAAAUUGA